CUCCACCUCCACCUCCCAGUUGCCCCCUCCUCCUUCUCCCUGCCGCUCCCACCACCGCCUCCUCCUCGUCGCCGCCCCCCAACCUCCAAGCUCGCCCGAACCCUAGCCGCCAUUGCCCAAGCCGCCAUGGAAGGCGCCGGAGGCGGAGCGGCUUACCCCUCCCGCACGGCGGAGGAGGUCUUCCGCGACCUCCGCGGCCGCCGCGCCGGCAUGAUCAAGGCCCUCACCGAAGAGGUGGAGAAGUUUUACAAGCUCUGCGACCCUGAAAAGGAGAACUUGUGCCUUUACGGAUAUCCUAAUGAGACAUGGGAGGUGACCUUGCCAGCUGAGGAAGUACCCCCAGAGAUCCCUGAACCAGCACUAGGAAUCAACUUUGCUAGGGAUGGAAUGAAUGGGAAGGAUUGGUUAGCGCUAGUUGCAGUUCACAGUGAUUCCUGGUUACUGGCAGUUGCAUUCUACUUUGGAGCCCGCUUUGGGUUUGACAGAGAAACUAGGAGGCGACUCUUUAACAUGGUAAACAACUUACCCACUAUAUAUGAGGUAGUGACAGGAGUUGCCAAGAAACAGGCGAAGGAGAAGACUCCCAACAGUAGUAGCAAGAGCAACAAGCCUACUUCAAAAGUUCAGUCGAGAGUCGAGCCCCGCUCUAGUUCAAAGGCUAAGGUGUCAGCCCCCAAGGAUGAAGAAGACAGUGGUGAUGAGGACGGAGAUGAAGUGGAAGAGGAGCAUGACAACACUCUAUGUGGAACUUGUGGAACCAAUGAUGGCAAGGACGAGUUUUGGAUCUGCUGUGACAACUGUGAGAAGUGGUAUCACGGGAAGUGCGUCAAGAUCACGCCCGCACGUGCGGAGCAUAUCAAGCACUACAGGUGCCCUGAGUGCACCAACGGCAACAGCAACAAGAGGCUCAAGCCAUGAGCGACAAAGCAUUGGAAUUGGAGGAAGUUGCUACAAGGAAAGCCAUCUUCGCUCAGGUGUCAAAGUCUUCAGAUAUUAUCACCAUGGCUUAGUUUUCUAGUCUGUAAGCGUGUUUUCUAUUUAAAACAACUUCACAUUUUCGUGUGUUUGACAUCAGCCUUUCUGGUGUUUGUAAUCGCUGUCAACUGAGGGUACCGCCAACUGACCAUUUCUUCAUUAUUCGUGUAUCUUGUAGUUCGUGACUGUUAUCAUCAUUCGGUCUGAAAUCUUGCACUGAUACUGAAUU